CUUUGAAUAAAAGUAUAUUAGAAUAAAUUUAUUUCUGCCGUAGGAAAUGUCUAUGGAUAUCUGGAAAUAUCAAGGUGCGUGAAAACCAGAUUGCAAAAUAGAACGCAAUUCACCAUCCCGCUUUUGUUUUCUUAACUUCUGGCAUUUCUGACUUAAACGAAACAUCUUCACUCAGAGACAUGAUUCAGGUAGUCCUAGCUCAGAUCUGCUGACCAAAUGCACGAGGUGGCGUAUGUAGCCAAACAUGAAUAAUAUAAAAAUAAUUCUAGCUACACUGGGUUUGAUUAUCAUUUUGAUAAAUUACUCUUAUUUGUACUUCAUUGCUGUAAAUCGUCCUCCAACAAGAAACAGUGACGUUAAAACUGAGAAUUAUUGCUUUGAUGAACUUAAAAAUGGUGAAAAUAUAUCAUGUAACCAUAGGUCAGAAAUACGCUCUAUGACGAUAGACGUUGAUUGCUUUCAAGCAUUUAUGUUCACAAAGACGAAAAAAACAUGGGUAUUGGAACACAAACACAACACAACCAAAAAGUGCAAAUACAAUGGAACAUAUGAAAAAUGCCCAUGGGUAUGCAAUAAGUGUACCUUUAUUACUAUGAAAAAUAUAAUUGGACGUACUGGCAAUCAAAUGUUCCAAGUUGCUUCGUUAUUCGGAAUUGCACGAAAACGUGGACUUAUCCCGAUUAUACCAUCCACAAUUUCAAUACAUAAAUGGUUUAACUUGCCAACUCUAAGUGAGGUUUCAAAACCUAUUAAUCAAUUUGAAAUGCAUGAAAAGGCUUACGGGAAGUAUCUUAAUGAAAUUGAGGACCUCGACGAGAAUAAGAACUGGACCAUUUCCGGUUAUUUACAAUCAUUUCGUUAUUUUAAUACUUCAGACAAUAUAAUUCAUGAAUUGUUUAAGAUGAAGUUGGAAAAACAAAUGCGUGCGGAAGAUCUAUUACGGUCAUUUUCACGAAACGACGAAAUUGUAUGUAUGCAUGUACGAAGAGGAGAUCUAUUAAAACAGAUAAACAUCAAACUUGGUUACAAUCCAAUUGAUUAUAGGUUCAUAAAUGUGUCUAUGAACUAUUUUCUACAUAAAUUAAAAAAUAUUACAUUUGUUAUUUUGUCUGACGACAUUCCUUGGUGUAAAGAAUCAAUUAUAGGUGAAAACGUCGUUUUCAGCCCAUUUAAGGAAGCCAUAGACGAUUUUGCAUUAAUGAUGUCUUGCAAUCAUGUUGUUAUAACAUCUGGAACAUUUGGAUGGUGGGGAGCUUAUUUAUCUGGUGGAACAGUUGUUUAUCACAAUGGAUUUCCGGCUAAAGGCACCUUUCUGGACCAAGCAAUGAACAGAGACGAUUACUAUUUUACGACAUGGAUUGGACUAGGUGAUAAUGAUUAAAACAUAUGUAAUUGAUGAAUAAAAUACCUUUGCUUUUGGGUCGAGGACACAUUUCAGUUUAAAGAAUCACAUUCAAACGAUCUUUAACUGCAAAAACCUGUAAACCAUGGCAUUUUUACUCUCUUUUUUUAUAUCCAAUGUUAGCAUAAUUUUUACUCUUUGUAAAAAUGCUUACACGUUCUAAUUUUUCCAUUUUUUAAGCAGUGGGAUAUUCAAAGGAUUUUAAUCACAUUUCAGUCUAGUCAACGGAACUAUUCAUUUAUUUGUUUUUCAGUUCAGAAUGGUAUUCAAUUUUACUCUAAUUGGGAAUUAAAUAAAUUGGGUCACGAUUUAGUCUGCAAAGCAUGGUAAAUGAGCUUCAUUGUUUCAAAAACAAGAUCAAAUUAAUCACAAUAGCUUGUGAUUGUCAGACAUUAGCCUUAGCAUGUUAAUAAUCAUUGAAAAAAGCGAGUGGUAAGCACACAUUUGUGAUUUCCCAAAAAUAUAUGUUGAUGUUUUUUUAUGAAAAAAAACGGAUUUUCGUAGAAUGACUAUUCCAAAAAGAAGAUAAAAAACAAAAUUAAGUCAUACUAUUUCAACUUACGAAGUGUGUUAAGUUUUGUUAUUGGAGACAUGAUAAAGGUUGAUAACAUUUCGAAGACAAAAACAUUUAAUGAAAAAUGUCACAACAUUAAAACAUUUGCGUGCCAAUGCUAAGUGUUAACAUUAAUUGGGAAAUUGUAGCUUGAAAACCCCAACUAUAAUUGGUGACAAAAACAGGCUUUUAUUAAAGCAAUGUAAAUGUGAAAACAUUUAUCAACAAAAUAAAUCUGAUAAAUUUAUAAAUUUUCAAUUUUGGGAAAACGUCUGAUAGUAUUACAAAUAUUUAAAUGAUAUAACAUUUAUUCUGCAGCUAUCAUUUUAUUUUCAUCGAAAUGUGAUUUUUUUGGCGAUUAUUUUUGUUAAGCAUUACUGAAGUUACAUUGUAUUUGACUUAGAUAUAUAAUUUUGGGAUUUUCUGAAAGUACGGACACCUAAGUUAAUUUCAGACACGCUACCAAAACAUUUGUAAUUUUAUUUCACCUAAUAAAAUAUCGUAAAAUG